AUGUGGCGUGGCGCCUGUUUUCAGGAAAGGAUGGUUGAUCAUUUUGGGUUUGUGAAUCAAGACACCUACAAACAGAGAUAUUUGGUAGCUGAUCAAUUCUGGAACAAAAAUGAUGGACCUAUAUUUUUCUACACUGGAAAUGAAGGAGAUAUAACUUUAUUUUGUAAUAACACAGGUUUUGUGUGGGAUAUAGCACCAGAGUUUCAUGCUAUGAUAGUAUUUGCUGAACAUAGAUAUUAUGGUACAUCUUUACCUUAUGGAGAUCAAUCUUAUAAGGAUCCUUCAAAACUAAAUUAUCUAACAUCAGAGCAAGCACUAGCCGAUUUUGCUACCCUAAUAGAAUAUAUAAAAUCAACCACCCCUGGUUCUAAAAAUAGUAAAGUGGUGACAUUUGGUGGAUCAUAUGGUGGUAUGUUAUCUGCUUGGUUUAGAAUUAAAUAUCCUAAUAUUGUUGUAGGGGCCCUAGCAGCUUCAGCACCUAUUUUACAGUUUCAUAAUUUAACACCAUGUUCAGCAUAUGAUAAAGUUGUAACCAAGACAUUUGCUAGCUAUUCUCAGAACUGUGUUGAUAAUAUUAGACAAGUUUAUUCUACUAUUGACGAUCUGGCAAAAUCAGGUGGAAAUGCAACCCUAUCAUUCCUCACCUCUACAUUUCAACUAUGUAAGCCAUUAAAAUCCAGUGAUAUAGAUACAUUAGAGGGUUGGUUAGAAGGUAUAUGGGGUUAUCUAGCUAUGAUCAACUAUCCUUACCCAGCUAACUUUCUAGAACCUCUACCAGCAUGGCCAGUGAAGGGUGCCUGUAAACCACUUUUAAACAUAUUAAAUGGUAAAGAAUUAAUAGAAGGUGUAGCCAAGUCCAUCAAGUUUUAUUUUAAUUCUACUGGUAAUACACAAUGUUUAAAUAUAACACAACAAGCUACUGGUAAUCUUGGUACUGGUGGCUGGGACUAUCAGUCUUGUACAGAAAUGGUGAUGCCAAUGUGCUCAGAUAAUACUACUAUAUUCCGGCCUGUAGAAUGGAACUAUACAGCUAUAUCAGACAACUGUUAUAAACAAUUUAAAGUCAGACCUAGACACGAUUGGAUCAAUACAAAUUAUUGGGGAAAAUCAUUGUCGUCUGCUAGUAAUAUCAUUUUCAGUAAUGGACAAUAUGAUCCGUGGAUAAGUGGUGGUGUUACUCAGUCUCAAUCAGAUACAGUGGUUGCUAUCUAUAUCAAAUAUGGUGCUCAUCAUCUAGACCUACGUUCAGCCAAUCCUCUAGAUACAGACUCAGUGAAAGCUGCCAGACAACAAGAGAAGAAUAUCAUACGUCAAUGGCUUUAUACUAAUUGAUCAUACUUUUCAUAGAUUAUAUAAUACUCACUAUACUCUAUUGCAAGUGUCAAAAAAUAAUACUGUGUUUUCAGGUGUCAUUCACAUGAAAAUAAUUCAGACCCUUAUUAAAGGGACAUUCUGCUUCUUUUUGUAGGUCAACAUUUUUUUUUUGCUCAAAUUUGUGAAAACUAUAGAUUAAAAUCUACAGAAAUGUGUCCUUUAAUGUAUCCGAACGUUUUAAUUAAAAAAAAUCCAGCCAUUAAUUUUUAAACGCAAAAAAUAUUCAAAAACAUUACAUAUGGUUUUUUUAAAUUCAUUAUGCUUUUUGGAAGCUGUUAGAAAACUACUGUACGGAUCUGAGUAAAAUAAACGCCUAAUUGAGAUAUAUGUCUCUUAUGUAUUCUAAAGGUUUCAACAAAAUAUAUACGAGCUAUUAUAAAGCUCAACACCAAAACUAGGCUCUUAAUUAACAAUUAGUACAAUCCGUUUUUAAUUAACUCUUUUAAAACAAAUUCGGUUUAAUCAAGAAGAUACAUAAAUAUAAAUAGCAUAUUUUAGAAAUAUUUUUAGGUAUAAUUUACAAUGUUUUUGAUAAUGAAAACUUUUUACAAAAAAGCAGAAAUUUAGGGAAUAUUCUGAUAUAAGUAAUUUACUUAACCUAAUUAAAGUGACAGUGUUAAAGUGGUUAAUUUAAAAAAAACAUUGGCAGUCUUAUAAAAAAUUUAACCAAACUUUCAUGCCUUUUUCUUAUUAAUAUUAAUUAGACUAAAACAUUUCGAAAAUCAAUUUCAUUUCAUACAUUCCAUACUCAAAUUUAAAUUUAUUUUUUCAAAAUCUGUAAAUAGUAUAUCAUCUAAUUUUUUUAUAUUAGUACAAGUUUCUGUAAAAUAUUUUUAAAAUACAAUGUGAUAUUUCAAUAUUUACAAUGUAAAUAAAGUUUCAAUGUAAAUGAAAAAUAAAACUCUAUUUUUGUGUGU